AUCAUUUAAUUUUAUGAAAAAGUGUGUGAGUAACAAAACAGUUAUGGGUAAAAUUUGUGUUGUGAAAAGUUGUCCCUGAUGCUAAUGUGGCGCCACCCUAAUUGAAUGCAUUUCGACGGACAUUUUUCAUAUACACAGAUGAUACUCCCUACCUCUACUUUCCAUACCUCUACCUUUCAUAAUGCAAUUAUACAUUUGUGGAUGGUCAUUUUAUGUGCAAGACGAGCGAAACGCUAGAUAUCUUGGUUAUUGAAGACGUGUUUGACGCUCAUUGAGAGUUUUUAGAGUUAAAAAUAUGAAUAUUAAGGAAAUAAAGUUAUUAAUGAAAUUAAUAUGACUGUGGAUAAUGAAACUAGUGAUCAACAAGUACUUUUUGCGACGGGAGGUUAUGAUCAUACAAUCAAAUUAUGGCAACCACAUACAGGAAAUUGCGAGCGUACAUUUACAGAGACAGAAUUUCAGCAAGUAAAUGCUCUGGACAUUACACCAGAUAAAUAUUUUAUAAGCGCAGCAGGUUAUCAACAUAUUCGAAUGUAUGAUUUGGGAAGAAGUGAUCCUACCCCGGUAGUUACCUAUGAAGGAGGUUCCAAGAAUAUUAGCGGAUUUGGCUUUCAGGAAGAAGGAAAAUGGAUGUAUACCGGAGGAGAAGAUUGUUCUGCACGGAUAUGGGAUCUUAGAUAUCUUAAUGGUAAAUGCCAAAGAAUAUUUCAAGUCUCAGCCCCUGUAAAUUGUGUAUGCUUACAUCCUAAUCAAGCAGAAUUAGUAGUUGGUGAUCAAAGUGGUGUUAUACAUUUAUGGGAUCUUCGUUCGGAUCAUAAUGAACAAUUGAUACCAGAAACAGAAGCUUCCAUUCAAGAUGUAACAAUAAAUCAAGAUGGUACAUAUAUGGCUGCUGUAAAUAAUAAAGGUCAUUGUUAUAUCUGGACACUUUCUGGAGGUAUAGGAGAGGAACCAACUAAACCUAUUCCUCGUCAUAAACUUGUAGCUCAUAAGCGUUAUGCCCUUCGUUGUAAAUUUAGCCCUGAUUCUACCCUGCUCGUAACUACAUCUGCUGAUCAAACUGCCAGAGUUUGGAGAACCACAGAUUUCUCCGAGGUACAGGUACUUCAACACGAAGCUAAACGUUGGGUUUGGGAUGCAGCCUUCAGUGCUGAUUCACAAUAUCUAUUCACUGCUUCUUCUGAUGGCAUUGCAAGAUUGUGGAACGUUUCAACGGGAGCGAUAGUACGCGAGUAUAAAGGUCACCAGAAAGCAGUAACAGCUUUGGCAUUUUAUGAAGAAGCUGUAUCUACGGCUUAAUAGUUCAGACAAAAAGGUGUAUAGAAUAAAAAUCUUUUUUAAUUUAUUAAAUAUAAGAAAUUAAUUUUUUUCUACAGGAUAGUACGCAGUAAUACUUAAAGAAACAGUAUUAUAUUUACGAUCUAAUAUAUGUAUAUGUUAUGGGCAAUAUAUAUAAUGAACAGAUAUUUCACAGAUUGCCCGGUCUCCUAUAGAAUGCCCAGAAGGUUUCGGUCAAUUUAUAAAAUAUAUUUCAAUGAGGUGUGUUUAGAGCGCAGAGAAAGGUGAAAGAAACUGAAGCUAUUGUAAGUGAAACAAACUGUGAAAAUUUAAGAAUCCCCCUCCUUCCUCGUGCUCUAA